UCAAGGCGCGGGGGGCCGAGGACGGUGAUGAUCGUGAUUCAGCUGCGCUAUCUCAGGCUGUUCCCGUUUAUCGCGGGCACGGCCUGGAUAGGAACGCUGCUGACCUUGCUCAUCUACUGGCUGGCUCACGAUCGGCCUCGAUAUCCGGGGCAGACAAACCCAUAUGUUGCAUUCAUUUCUGACAUUGGCGCGUCGUCGUUGAAACCGUUGUUUAUAACUGGCGCUGCAUUUACUGCUGUUUCCGUCAUUGGCACCGCAUUUUCAGUCUCAUUUGUUCGACACGAUAGAAAAAUAUAUGGAGUUGGCGAUAUCAGUCCCUCUCUGCAUAAUAAAGUGCUCUCGGCGCUCUCUGUGCUGUUUGCCAUUGGCGCCGGCAUCUGCUAUGUUUUGCUUGCCGUCUACGACAGUCAUCGGCAUACGACCGUCCAUCGUCGGUACUUGUCGGCAUCCCUGAUCCAGACUGCCCUUAGUUCCAUUUGCAUUGCAAUAGGAUAUGUUGCGCCAGCAAGAAAGACGUCGAAAUACCGUUCCCUCAGACAAUGGUGUCGCCUGAGCAAUGCGCUUGUGGUUAUAGAGUGCUGCCUUGGCGUGCCCUUUUUUGUUCUGCAGUGGAUAUCAUAUUACCGUGUGGCCGGCAUCCUCGAAUGGAUCAUGGGCUUCGUUUUCGGAUUAUAUCUGUGGGCAUUUGUCGGGUUCCUUGCCCUCCCUGACGAGACGUAUGCACAUGCUCGGCUUGAAGAAACAGCACCUCUCUUGCGUUAGAAUAUUUGGAAAAGGAUAGAUCCGAUCCUCUCCUGAUUUGCAUUUGAUUAUAGAUUUAUACCCUAGAUAUAUGCGCUUCCUCACACGAUAUGGCUUUAGUUGAGUGUUAUUCCCGGACAUACACGACUCUGUUUACGAAUUUAUGCACCACGUGGGAUGAUUUGCUGGCAAGUAUUAGAUUGGCUUUAUAGUAGACGAUCAGGAGCUUUGGUUUUAGAGUAUUUUCGCAUAUGUCACACUAGAUUCGCUAUUUAAUUUACGGGUUUGCCUAGACAUGGGCUUUUAUGUCGGGCUUGGACGAUGAGGAUUGAAAGAGAAAAGGUGCUAUAAUUGUGGAAAAAGGCGUCAUUGAUCAAAGUCUAUUUCCUUUACGCUUUGCUAGUCGCAAGGAAAGAUUAGUGGGG